AUGGCUGGGUCUGCAACACCACUGACGGUUACGAAGGUGACGAGGUUCAGUGUUGCUGAGAUGGAGAGUAUGGAGCGGAUGUUGAGCACGUGGAUUGACGACCAGACCCAGCGCCUUAAAACACCUUUAUCGCAAUGCGUGAUUCAACAGAAGACAAGAUCGCUGUGGAAAGAUAUAACUAAAGAUAAACCCAAUGUACCUGAGUUCAGUGUCAGCCGUGGAUGGUUUGAUAGAUUUAGGAAACAUAUAUCAAUCCACAAGCUAAAAAUACAAGGAGAAUCAGCUAGCGCCGACCAUAAAGCAGCAGAGAAGUUCCCACCCUUUCUCACAACCUUAAUUAAGGAGGGUGGGUACAGUCCUAAGCAAGUCUUCAACUUGGACGAGACCAGACUCUUCUGGAAUAAAAUGCCUUCACGAACCUACAUAUCUAAGGAGGAAAAGACCACACCGGGAUUCAAGGUUGCCAAGGACUGCCUCACUCUAUUGAUUGGUGGAAAUGCUGAGGGUGACCUGAAGUUAAAGCCUCUCCUUGUAUACCGGUCUGAAACACCCCAUGUUCUGAGGGGAGUUGUGAGGGGACAACUUCCCGUCGUCUGGCGUUCAAACCGUAAGGCAUGGUUGACAGGGUCUGUGAUGCACGACUACAUGUUCCGGUCGCAUUAG